CGAGCCUGGCGCAGUCGAGACGCAGCUCCAGCGGCGGCCGGUCGCAGUGGUGACCGACUGCUCUCAGUCCCGGACUCUGACUCUGUGUGCCACCCGGAGCGGACGGACAGUACGGCGGCUGUGUGCGGACUCGGACUGCAGGAGCGCAGCGGAGAGACGGAGGAGCAGCGGCGGCGAACGGUGCACUGUCGGCGGCUCGUAGAGGCAACAGAGCCGUGAAGGAUCGCCAUGCUGCUGCGGAACGUUCUUCUGUGCGCGCUGCUCGCCCUGGCGGCCGGCGCUGAGGAGGAGGCCACUCAGGUCGUCCAGGGAGUGGCCGUGGCCGAGCCGGGCGCCGAGCCCGCCGACCCGGCGCCCGCCGAGGCGCCCCUGGAGGCUCAGGCGCGUUCCGACGACGCCCCGGAGGAGGACCAGCUGGCGCUGGCCUCUCAGCUAGAGGAGCGCGACUCGGGCGGUCACGCCGUGCACGCGCCCCCCUCCGGCGGCUACAGCUCGGGCGGCCACGACGACUACGGCCCGCCGCGGCCGCCCAAGGGCAGCCCGCCGGUGCCCGGACCGAUCCCCGUGCCGUUCGCGGUGCCCGUCAGGCCCGGCACGGUGGUGCUGCCCAAGGCGCCGGCCGGCGCGUUCGGCGGCGGACACGGCGGGGGUCACGGAGCUGCCGUCGGCGGCGGACACGGAGCCGGACACGGGGUGGCUGUCGGAGGAGGACACGGCCGGCCGCGGCCCGUCUACAAGCCCAAGCCGGCCCACGGCCCUCCCCGCUACCGCCCCCGGCCCCGCCCUCGUCCCCACAAGCCCCGUCCCGUCUACGGUCCGCCUCAGCCCAGCUACGGCCCGCCUCCUAAGCCCAGUGCUGAAUACGGCGCUCCCAGCGGAGGACACGCUGCCGGAGGACACGCUACCGGAGGACACGCAGCUGGAGGACACGCUGCUGGAGGACACAGCUCGGGAGGACACAGCUCUGGAGGACACAGCUCUGGAGGACACAGCUCUGGCGGACACAGCUCGGGAGGACACAGCUCUGGCGGACACAGCUCUGGAGGACACAGCUCCGGAGGACACGGCGACUCUCACUCCUCUGGCACGGUAGCGUCUGGCGCCUACGUGGCCCCGCCGCCGCAGCAGUACGAAGAUGGCGGCCACGAUGCCGGUCACGGAGGCGGCCAUAAUGCCGGCCACGGUGGUGGGGAGUCUUACAGCGCUCCGGCGGACGACUACUCGGCGCCGCAGCCGUCCUACGCCGCUCAGGUCCAGCCGCAGCAGAGCUACUCGGAGCCGCAGCAGAGCUACUCGGAGCCCCAGCAGACCUAUGACGCUCCCGAACAGACUUACGACGCUCCUCAGGAGACAUAUGAUGCCCCUCAACAGACCUAUGACGCCCCUCAGCAGACGUACGACGCCCCUCAGCAGAGUUACGAAGCGCCGGCGCACCCGGAGCAGACCUACGACGCGCCGCCGUCCCACCAGGUGGCCGAGCAGUACGGCGCUCCGGAGGCUCAGGCCCAGGUCAGUUACCAGACGCCCGAGCAGCCCGCUGAAGAGUACGGUGCCCCGGCCGGCCAGUACCAGCCGGCGCCCCAGGACGGCUACGGCGCCCCGGCGGCGCCCCAGGACAACUACGGCGCCCCGGCGGCGCCCCAGGCCGGCGGAUACGGCGGCGGCGCCGAGGUGUGGCCCGUGCCGGCCGCCGACAUGCCCCGGAUCGUUUCACUGGACGUGCAGUGCGACAAGGCGCUGAUGCGUGUCUCGGUGCACUUUGACAAGCCGUUCUCUGGCAUCAUCUUCAGCAAGGGUCACUACAGCAACUACGACUGCGUGCACCUGCAGGCGGGCUCCAACAGCGCGCACGCCCAGUUCGACGUCAGCAUCAACUCGUGUGGCACCACGGGCAACUCGGACAGCGGCCACGGCGGCUACGGCGCCGACACGGGCACCUUCUUCGAGAACACCAUAAUCAUCCAGUACGACCCGCAGGUGCAGGAGGUCUGGGACCAGGCGCGCAAGCUGCGCUGCACCUGGCACAACCAGUACGAGAAGGCCGUCACCUUCCGGCCCUUCCCCGUCGACAUGCUGGACGUGGUGCGCGCCGACUUCGCCGGGGAUAACGUGGGCUGCUGGAUGCAGAUCCAGGUCGGCAAGGGCCCGUGGGCGGCGGAGGUCAGCGGUCUGGUGAAGAUCGGACAGACCAUGACCAUGGUGCUGGCCAUCAAGGACGACGAUAACAAGUUCGACAUGCUCGUCCGCAACUGCGUGGCUCACGACGGCAAGCGUGCUCCGAUCCAGCUGGUCGACCAGGCGGGCUGCAUCACCCGGCCGAAGCUGAUGUCCAAGUUCACCAAGAUCAAGAACUUCGGCGCGUCGGCGUCGGUGCUGUCGUACGCUCACUUCCAGGCGUUCAAGUUCCCCGACUCGAUGGAGGUUCACUUCCAGUGCACGAUCCAGAUCUGCCGCUACCAGUGCUCGGAGCAGUGCGGCCAGCAGGACAAGGGUGGAUACGACGCGCCGCACCGCCAGCGACGAUCGGCCGACGAGGCGCGCGACGUCGGCAUCGACCGCAUCAUCCAGGUGGUGUCGACGCGCGACCUGGCGUUCGCGCUCGAGACGCCCGCCGGCAACGACACGCAGACGGUGGUGGUGCCCGUGGAGGGCAGCGAGCACCAGAUCUGCAUGUCGACGCCGGGCUUCGCGGCCACGCUGAUCGUCCUGCUGGCGAUCCUGGUCAUCUCGUCACUUCUGUCGGCCUUCCUCUGUCUGCGGUACCGGGGCUUCAGCGGCGACCGCGCCGCCAUGCUCUCCUCGUUCGAGAACCCCAUCUUCCUGCAGAAGAAGAGCGGCCAGUUCUGAGCGCCGGGUGCAGAGCCGAGCGUCUUGCCGUUCGGGUGAGUGAGUGUGCACUGCGGGUCCGGCGCCUGGGCCCGGUGUCGCCUGGAGAGGCCCGAGCUCUGGCGGCGCCGAAAGGAACGGUACCCACCUGAGAGGCUGGCACCUCCGGCUCAACGAUGAUUCAGGUGCCUUUCUGGGAACGCGGGUAGGACGCAGCGACGUCGGUCCGAUGGGGACCGACACGGACACGUCAGAUGCCCUGACCACAGCGCGGCCAACAGCCUCUGAGGGGCGGCCGACCACCGCGCCGUCCAGUUGGUCUGGUCUAUCUACAGCUAGCCCCCGGCGAGCGUCUCUUUCCUGAGAGGGUCGGGUGCCUGUCUAUCUGACUGCCAGGAAUGCCUGAGAUCUGGUCACGACCACAGGCCAUGCGGCUAGGCCACGAGGCCCAGAACUGACCCGUACUUCUACCGUCACGACACACCGCCAGUGACCUGACGUACGGUCAGGGCGACCGUCACCACUCCGGGGCCGGGUCACGGGUCAGCGUGGCGCGCCGACCAGCCGAGGUCAGGGCGGGUGACGGGGAACUGCAGGGAGCAGGUAGUGGGCGGGCUCUCUGAGCCAGCCACCAGUGUCCGUGAUAUGUGAGCGUGUGGGAAGCGAGCGACCGGGCCAACGCCAGCUUUGAGGUCCGGUUCCGUGUUUGUCGUUUGUUGUUGCGCGUAUAGUGUUUCUUUGUUUUGUGUUGUGUAUCUGCAGGCACUAUUUCUAUAGCCGGGUGUCUGCUCAACUGCAGAGUUUCGGUGAAUCCUGAGGCUGUUUGCUUGUUGUGCCUUUAGGAUGUUGUUGUUGUUUGAUUUCCUUGUUAUCCAAGUGAAUGUGUUGCGGUGUGCGUGUAAAUGGACGAGUGUUUGAUGAGCCAACGUAAAGGAGCUCAGGCUAACGGGACUGCCUGCAAUGGGUGUGAAUGGAUAACGGGGCUGCAGCAGUAACCGCCACCAUUCAGCCACUGCACAGACUGGGGUCGGGUGUUCCAGUCGGAGCACAGACUGGGGCUGGGUGUUCCGGUCUGAGCACAGACUGGGGUCGGGUGUUCCAGUCGGAGCACAGACUGGGGUCGGGUGUUCCGGUCUGAGCAGAGACUGAGGUCGUGUGCUUCAGUCGUGUGCUUCAGUCUGCCAAGCCCGUGUCGGUAAGGGAGGGGUGGGAGGGGAGUGUACCAUGGACGCUGGCGACCAUUAUACGUGUAAUAAAUGUAUAUAUCUAUUA